CACGGCGCUGGAGAGUGAGGAGGCGAUGAGAGGAAGGUGCAAUAAACACACAGGGCGUCUGCGCCUAUCUAAGUAGGACAAUAAAGUGAAAACGGUAUCAAUGCUCUAACAAUGGAUUUAGCAGAUAUGCUUCUUCUCAAAGUUUUCCUCUUCGUCUACUUACUAAACUGCACCCAAGGUCACUAUAGGAACCCCCUGAACAAGUACAUCCGUCACUAUGAAGGCCUGUCCUAUGACACAGAGCUUGUGCACAGCAACCAUCAGAGGGCCAAGAGGGCGCUCUCUCACGAAGACAAGUUCCUUCAUUUAGAUUUUCAUGCCCAUGGAAGGCAUUUUAAUUUACGAAUGAAGAGGGAUACAACCUUGUUUGCCCAAGAUUUGAAAGUGGACGUUUCGGGAGAAGAGAUUCCAUUUGAUACCUCUCAUAUCUACACUGGAGAAAUCUUCGGUGAGAAAGGUACCCUGACUCAUGGUGCCAUUGUGGAUGGUAAAUUUGAGGGCUUCAUUCAGAGCUACCACGGCACCUACUAUGUGGAGCCUGCAGAGAGAUACCUGGAGGGAAAAGACGUACCUUUCCACUCAGUCAUCUAUCAUGAAGACGAUAUACACUACCCGCACAAGUACGGCCCAGAGGGAGGCUGUGCUGAUAGCUCUGUGUUUGAAAGGAUGAAGAAGUACCAAACCUCCGCCAUAGACAAGCCACCCAAGGAGCUCCACACUGAGGCGGGCUCCAAUGACCCCGUGCUGCUGAGAAAGAGGAGGAUGGCGCAGGUCGAGAAGAACACCUGCCAGCUUUUCAUUCAGACUGACCACCUGUUCUUCAAGUACUACAAGACCAGAGAGGCUGUCAUUGCUCAGAUCUCCAGUCAUGUCAAGGCCAUUGAUGCCAUCUAUCAGGGCACAGAUUUCAUGGGCAUUCGUAACAUUAGCUUCAUGGUGAAAAGGAUCAGGAUAAACACCACCAAUGACGAGAGGGACAGGUCCAACCCGUUCCGCUUCGCCAACAUCGGGGUUGAGAAGUUCCUGGAGCUGAACUCGGAGCAGAACCAUGACGACUACUGCUUGGCCUACGUUUUCACAGACAGAGAUUUUGAUGACGGGGUGUUGGGUUUGGCCUGGGUUGGAGCCCCCUCAGGGAGCUCUGGAGGAAUCUGUGAAAAAAGCAAGCUGUACUCAGAUGGAAAAAAGAAGUCUCUCAACACUGGUAUAAUCACUGUGCAGAACUACGCCUCCCACGUACCUCCAAAAGUCUCUCAUAUCACUUUUGCACAUGAAGUAGGACACAACUUUGGCUCCCCGCACGACUCUGGAUCCGAGUGCACCCCGGGAGAAUCCAAGAGCCAAGACAAGAAGGAGAAGGGCAAUUAUAUAAUGUAUGCAAGAGCUACAUCCGGAGACAAGCUCAACAAUAAUAAGUUCUCCGUCUGUAGCGUGCGCAACAUCAGCCAGGUUCUGGAGAAAAAGAGGGGCAACUGUUUUGUGGAGUCUGGCCAGCCCAUCUGUGGUAAUGGCCUGGUGGAGCCAGGAGAGGAGUGCGACUGUGGCUACAGUGAUCAGUGCAGGGAUCAGUGCUGCUAUGACGCCAACCAGGCAGACAAUAAGAAGUGCAAGUUAAAGCCCAACAAAGUGUGCAGUCCCAGCCAGGGUCCUUGUUGUACACCUGACUGUUCCUACAAGGGUCGUAAUGAGAAGUGCAGAGAGGAGUCGGAGUGCGCUCACCAGGGCAUGUGUAAUGGCGUCAGUGCCCAGUGCCCCACGUCUGAGCCCAAGGCUAACUUCACAGCCUGCCAUGGAGAGACUCAAGUCUGCCUCAACGGGGGCUGCUCCGGCUCCAUCUGUGAGAAGUACGGGCUCGAGGCUUGCACCUGUGCCAGCCAAGAUGGCAAAGACGAGACUGAGCUUUGCCAUGUGUGCUGCAUGGAGAAGAUGAAUCCCAACACUUGCAGCAGCACAGGGUCAGAGCGCCUGGCUCGUUUCUUCAAUAAGAAGGUGACCACGCUUCCGGCCGGCUCGCCCUGCAACGACUUUAAGGGAUAUUGUGACGUGUUCAUGAAGUGCCGUCUGGUGGAUGCAGAUGGACCGCUGGCCAGGCUGAAGAAGGCCAUCUUCAACCCAGAGCUCUAUGAGAACAUUGCAGAGUGGAUCGUGGCGCACUGGUGGGCAGUGUUAUUAAUGGGUAUUGCCCUUAUCAUGCUCAUGGCUGGCUUCAUUAAGAUCUGCAGUGUGCACACCCCAAGCAGUAACCCCAAGCUACCCCCUCCCAAACCACUUCCAGGCACUUUGAAGAGGCGGCGAGCGCAGCAGCAUGCUAACUCCCAGGUGCAGCACCAGUCUCAGCACCCGCACUCCCACCAGCACGGCGGACACGGCGGGCACGGCGGACAUGGCGGGCACGGCGGCCAGCGGCAAGCUCAGAGGCAGCCUCAGCGGCAGGCGCAGCCCCAGAGGCACCACCGUCAGCCGAGAGAGAACUAUCAGAUGGGCCAGAUGAGACGCUGAGACCCUGCAUCCCGCCCCCCUCCCCCCAAUGCCUUGGCUCCUCCUUGUGCCUACAGUGGGAAACAAAAGCGUCACUCCAUCCAAAGAAAAGCCUGACAUGGUUGUUGCUCAUCAUCAUAUCCUCCAUCUACAGACAAAAAACAGACACAGUGAAAAAGAGAAAACAAUUAUCUAGCAACUUUACUGGCUCUUUGUGGAGUGGACUCGACCAUCAGCCAUUUCCAAUGCAGUGUGAUCUAGCAUCUUUUUCCACCUUUUUUUUUUUUUUUUUUUUCCUUUAAGGAGUGCCAAGGAGUUAAGGAAUCAUGUGUAGCUUUAGUACAUUCUGUGAUGUGUUUUUCGUUCUAUUGCAACGUCUUCUUGAGUGACACGCCCGUGGCUGCUGGUGAAUUGUUCCGUGCUUUUUCUUUUUUCGCCAUUCUAGCCAGGAUUGAGAGACACUCAGCGGGGAUUUGCGGCACUUUUGUGAUUUACACAUGUCAAACGGCAAAAGACACAGGCUCCGGUCUCUCGUGCAGACAGUCUUUCUGCAUGUGACUGUACAUAUUUAGUGUAUCAUAAGUGAAAACAAACUAUUUCUUCUACUGUAAAUGUGUAAUUCUUCACUUUUUUUUCUUUUAUUUUUCGGUUAGUGCUCUCAGGACUCUUAACACAUUAUUGGAGGAAUGAAGGUUGUGAUGAGGUCCUCGGACGUUGCUGUUGAGGAUGUGACGCUAGCAAGCUCUCUGCACAGUCGUCUAAUCAGGUGGAUCUCUUUCACUUUCGUUAGAUUGCUAGAUUUUGAAUUCGAACAAGGUCACCAUAUCCCACUUUUCAGGCCUUCUUUGUUCAAGAUCCCCUUUUACAUCUUUUUUUUUUAUUGUCUUGCUAACAUCAUGUGUAACAAGCUAGGUGAGGUAAGGAGUCAUGCGGGAACAGAAAGGGAAGAUAACCUUGUUUGGUUCACCUUUAAUUGUCUUUACCGAUUUGCUUUUAAUGAUGAAGAAUGAAUAACCACUAACUGAUGAUGAUGAUGAUUCUACCUGCUCAGAUAUGAAGACAAGGUGACGUGAAGGCUGCUGUGGCUUAGUUUAGAAGUGAGAGUGUAUCAUGUUAAAGAGUUAGUUUACAUGGGUGUGGAAACAAAUUUAAAAAUGACUCCGGUGUGGAUGUAAAAACAAAACAAAAAAAAAAAAAUGUAAGAUUAAAUCAUUGUUAUUCUUCAGAUAGCGAAAUCUAAGAACUUUUCAAUGUGGGCAUGCAGACACAUUUAUUAAAUGUGACUAUUAAUUGACCAAGGUCUGUAAUGUUUGUAUGUCACUCAACACUAUUUUUCUUUGACAGCUAUUAAUGUUAGUCUUAAAAACGAGUGGAAGGAUCAGUGUAACGCAGCAGUAUUGUCACACUAUUCACACGUUCCUCAGUGUGCUCACUAGUUUCACAGGAAACAAGCAGCUUCUUUUGAAUUUUUUGUUGUUGUUGUUGUCGUUGUUUUUCUUGUCAAACAGCUCACCCACCAAUAUCUCCCGGUCAGAUUUCUUCUCGGACAGGAUCCCCUUUAGAGCUCAUGAGUGCAGGCGUCCGUGUGAGUUUACAUCAGCGUGCCAUAUAACUUUAUACAGCUGAUCGUUGUGGACAGGUUUUUAUUAAUCACAGGAAGCAACCUGUGAAGCUUCUGGAGCCACUUUAAAUGGAAGAAAUGAAAAGGAUGGUUGACCUCAGGUGUUUUUCUUCCUCCCCUCGCCCGCGGCAGACCAAGAGGGGCACUUUGGAAAAUUAUAGCAUGAUGACACUAACGGAGAGAUUACAUGAUUGGGUCAUAAAAAUCCCAGGAUUUUAUUUACCCUGCAAACGUUUCACCCACCAAAAGGAUUUGGGAUGUGGGCGAAAAGGUUUGUCACGGACUUAAAAAGCUCGAGAAUCUUGCAUCACAUAUUCCACUUUUUGUGCUCAGACUUCAUUUGAUCUUGGCAUUAUUAUUUCUAAAUGUAUGCAAUACUAAUCACAGCUAAUAUCCUACAACACUGUCCUGAUGCUUGUUAUAAUCCCACAUGUGCUCUGGAGGGGACUUUAGAAAACAGUGUGUCUCACAGUUAACAGUUUAUUUCACAUGGCAGAUGAACUAGGCGGGUCGGCAGUUGCUAUAACUUCUCAUGUCUGUACAAAAAUGGAGCUCUUUUUAAAAUUUCAUCUUCCAGGCUGGAUCACACCUGUUAAGCCUGGAGAAUUAAACAUGUAAACUUGUACAGUACUUGGGAAAAAUUUGCAUUUCAUUUGAAAAUGAAAAUUACAUUUUGAUACAUCUGUUCCAUUUUUUGUAUUCUUAUUCCAGAGUAAGUUGUUCAAAGAUGUUCAUAUGUGACAAACUUUCCUUUUCUUCUAAGUUAUUUAUGUUCUUAUAUGUGCUAGUGGAAAUGGAGUUUGCUUAUGAUACUUUUCUCCACCAUCAUCAGUGGUAAAAACAAUUCAGGGUGAUGGAGUUAAUGUUACAUUCUCAUUUUUGUCUUUGUUAUCCUGUGGCAUGGUUUGGGUAGACGAGCAGAAGAAUAAUGCCUGUAAAUUUACUUUUCUUUUUAAUUUCGUAGUCUUGGUAAAAGUUUUUAGAUAAACGUGCACUGAAAAAUGUCCAAAUUGAGUUGAAAUGUUGUAGGUGAUGUAGGCCGAAAGAACACAAGAUUAAAAAGUAAUACUACUGUCUGAUUUUAAUGUUCACUGUGUUUUAUACAGUAUCGGAAAUUUUUGUUCACUUUGAACAUUUUUACUAAAAAAAAAAAAAAAAAGAUUUCAAAUUGUAUUGUGCAAAGAGAUGUAAUUUUUGGAGUACUUGAAAUGCAUUAAUUAAAAGACUCGUUCAAAAUAAAAUAGACCCCUGUUUACUGUC